ACGAGGAGGCACCGCACCGCCGCCAGUAGCUCCCAGGCAGUGACUCCGCGCGUCACAUGUAACCGGUGGGUCCCACAUUCACCGUUGGUGUGUUAUGUCAUCGGUGACAAUCCCAGGACGCGAAGGUGCCGGGGAUAAAAGCGCGAGUGAUCGACCAGGAGAAUCGUCGAUUGUGUGUUCGGAAGGUGUGUUUGCCUGCGGAUCUUCUUCUCCCGGUACAGCGUCGCCCGGGUACAUUCACCUUCCUCGCGUCGAGAAUCUCGAGUCGCGAGGCUCGAAUUGGAUAUACCUAGCGAAGCUUAAGCUCGUGGACGAGCGAUGAGGAUCGACGUUCCUGGUGCUCUCGCGUGUCCCCGUUCGCGGCGUUGUGUCACGGUUCGAUAGCCGGACGAACGCCGGCGAACCUCGGCGUCGAGAUCGGAAGCGUCCGGGUUAAUUCCGGUGGAUGUCGACGAACUCGCGAUCUCGGGUGAUUAGACGACGGGAAUAGGCGGCUGGUCCCGGGGUGGCAGUAGAACGCGGAAGCUUCGUUCCGGGACGACAAUGGCGAGGAGGAGGUGGCCUUGAGUUGGACUGCGCGAGAACCAAGUUCGGUGAACGGUCGACUUGGCGGGAAGAAGCUAUACGUCGCUUCAUCGUUACCGGGUGUCUACGAUGCGUACAGUGUGGUGAACGGGGUUCACGACUCUUGAUUAUACACCCGAGAGACACGCCGCCGCGACGGAACCAUGUAAACUACGAGGCCAACGUUCGCAUACGUAGGCGAUUUUGCGCGCGAGGAGAGGCGUAAGUUGCGUCCCAUUACGCGGCGAUCCGCGAUAAUUCGAUCCAGCAGUCAUCGUCCAAGUCUUCGCUGUCGAUCGAACCAAUAAAUCGGGUGGCCGGAUGACAGAGUAAUCACCGUUCGUUGAAUGGAGUGAUGAGCGGGGCCCCUGCGCGGGGCACAGUGCCCCGUCGUCAAAGACGUCAUCAUCAUCAUCAUCAUCAUCAUCAGGACCAGCAGCAGCAGCAUAAUCAUCAUCAGAAGCAUCAGAAGCGCGUCCGGGAUAAAACGUCGCGAGAUAGAACGUUGGACGAGCCUGAGGAGAAGCGGCCGAAGGUCAACCCGAUCUUCCUCUGGGCGUCGCAGAGCGAGCAGAGGAUCAUCGAGGUGAGAUGCGAGGACUACGAUAAGCGGAAUCGCAUCAAGCUGACGAAGACCGCGCAAGGAUGGCGCUCGAUACCGCGUACAAAGUCCAACGUUUACGCGAUUGCCCUGGCCGGCGAGAGGACAACGUCGAGCCCGGUCGAGUCCUCGCCGGCCUCCUCGGUCUCGUCCAACGACGAGAAGGAGAACGGCAAGCGGCACCAGGAGGCGGUCGCGCCGACAAACGGUUUGCUUACUGGCGAAGGCGUAGGCAGGAAGAGACGUUACGACGAAGAGGCGAGUCGACGCGGCUAUCCCUACCUUCUGGGAACCUUUUCUAGGAAUUCCGGGGAUUGCUCGGAUGAGGAUAACGACGACGAAGACGGGGAGAGAAACGACGAGGAGGAUAAGGAUCGCGAACGGAGCAAGGUGGAGGAUCGUCUGUCCAGCUUGAAGAGUAAGGAUAGACUGGACGACGGUCGGGUGAAUCUGGAGAGAUUGCAAAAGGACAAGCUGUUCCAGCCGCGCGUCGUUCUGGAACAGUUGCAUCUGUCGCAACUUCCCGAGAGCGCGCAUCAAAAUGUUCGCCAUCCGAGUCGAGCUAAGGACGCGAAUGAGACGAAGCGGAUGGAGGAGAGUAACGGGAAGGACGCCGUCGACGAGCCGGAGGAUGAGGACGAAGGAGAGGAUAGUGGGAAACCGAGUCGGCUGAACAAGCCGGGCAUUCAGGAUAUAUUGAACAUGAUAGAGGCGACGGCCUCGCCCGUUCUCGCCACCGACACUCCCAGCGCCGAUCUACCGGUCGAUUCCACCAAGACUUACGAGGUUCUCGGCGAGAAGCGACCUUCCGUCGAGAGAAAAGUCGAGGAAAUCACGAAGAAACCCGAACACGCGAGGGACUCGUCGAGAAGAGACUCGACAUCCAGUUACCAGGCCGACCUGGUCGUCGACCAGGAUGGCGAGAUCGAAGAUAAGCUGGAGGUGCACGAGGAGAAGAUCCUGGAAGAGGAUUGCUGCCUGGAGGAGCUGGUGGAUAGGAAGAUUCGGGUAGAGGACAAGAAGGAGAAUAACUCCGGGACGGUGUUGAAUUCCUGUAAAAUCGCCGAAGCCGACGGCGGACUGGUCGAACGAUCGAACUGCGGAUCCAACUCUCUGGUCACGUGGCCGACAUUGCCGGCCGAGGUGGAAACGCCGGCAGAGGCCGAGGAAGAGGCGCCGGACGAACCCGGCGAGCCGGCGAAAAUCGAUUACGACGAUAGCUCGAAGAUUCUCGACGCUCUGAGAAACACGCCGGGACUCUCGGUGUCCAUAACCAGGAGCCAGAUGCCCGAGAUCGGCAAGAAUCUGCUCGUGCCGCCCGCAAGGCCACCCUCGAAGGCUUCUUCGUCGAGCAGGUCGCCGGAUUCGCAAGCGGAAUGCGUGGAAAAGUUGCUGAAGAACUCGAGCGACUUCGUGAACGACAAUGGCGGACGCGCGAGCUCGCCUCGCAAUUUGCCGGGUCUCUCGAUCGUUAUCCCGAGCUAUUGUUACAAAAGUGCUUCGAGUCAGCUGACGACCUCGCCGAGCACGAAACGUCGCGUCGAAUCGCCGGAAAGCACCGUCAGUUUCAACAAGGCCGACGCUUAUCCGGAGCAGUUGAAGCUGGACGGGUUUCCUCACGAGGAGGACGAGGACGAAGAGGAAGACGAAGACGAGGACGACUGCGACUCGCAGGUCUUGGAAGACCUCAGACGGCAGAAGGCGGAUUCGCUGGCGUACACCGUCGACGCGGAUUACUACAACAAGGUGGGGUCCAGAGUCCUUAAUCAGGAGGAUCGCAAGACCUCGCAGGACACCAUGAAGAGCGAUUCGCUCUGGAUCGGUUCCAGCAGAAGCAACGAAGCGCAAGCCAAAUGUAAAUACCGAGACCUCGAGCAUUUCGACGAGCAAGUCUUGGAGGAACUGCGAUCACGAGGCACCGUGGUAUCUCCUCAGCCUAGCGGAAUCCCUUGUUCCCCAGCGUCCAGAAGACCGUCAUCGGCAUAUCUCGAGAGGUUACUACCUAGUCCGCCCUGUUCGGUUUCCUGCUCGGAAGAUGCUAAGAGCGAGUUGAUGAAGAGCAUCCUGGCCUCGUCCGGUUGCUUGGAGCCGCGGGACUACGAGAGACCGAAGGAAGGAACGUCGACGCGAUUCGAUCAGAGCGUCGAGGUUCCUGCUUCUCGAUCGGUACCCUCGAACGUUGACAGAAACAUGAAGAGGCUCAGCAGCGGCCAGCAGCGCGGCUUCCAGGAACGUCUGAACGUUCACAGUCAGGAGACGAGGAACUCGGGCAGGCCGAUGUCCAGCGGCGACAUCCACAGCACUUUCUACACGAUGGCGGAUCGCGUCGCCCCGAAGAGACCGAUGUCCGUCGAGUGGCAGUCGAACGGACAGUGGCAAAGAGCCAAUCAGAUCGGUUGCUACCAGAAGAUCGCCGCCAAAACGAGGAAUCACACGACCGAUCGUCCGAAUCGAAAUCAGAUCGCUUGCGCGGCGACGUCCAGCAGCACGGACAAACCCCUGGACCCGGCUAGUCAGUUACGGGAACUCGUCGAGACCGUCGGCCACCUGAUCCCCGAUCCUCUUCUGGUCCCCCGCGAUUAUUUACCGGGUCUAGCCGCGGCGCCCGCUACAGAGAUCCCGAAACUGUUGGCCAGCAGGCCCGAACUGAGGCUCCCCGAGGCCCUGACCAGGCCCGAUCUUCUCCGGGAUCCCGAUCUACUUGUGAUAUCGCUGGCGCAUCUGCAGCACGUGCUGGAUCACGGCGAGGGUCCGGUCUCGAGAUCGCGAGCGCAACAACCGCAGCGACUCAGAACUGGCAUUAACGGGGUUAAUGGCGUCGUUAACAAGAGCACGUCGAGCAACAACGGCGCGAGGGGAUCCGCCAGGCCCAAAGUCAGCUGUAAACCGAUCGGCGCUCUGAUGCCGGCGCAGCCGAUCGAUCUCUCGAACGGCGCCAACCGAUUGCGCGUCAAUCCCUAUCCGCCUCUGCUCAGGGUGCGCAGCGGAUUGCUCAAGCAGGAGCCGGAAGUGAGUUCCACCGCGACCUCGCCGGACGAGUCGCAGCUAUGGCACCCGUUGUUCGGCAGCCAGAAGAGGCAGCAGCAGCAGCAGCAGCAGCAGCAACAGCUGCCGCCGCCGCAACAGCAGCAACACUCUUCCUGGCACAGGACCACUCUCGCCUCCUGACCACCGUGACCUUGACCCUGACCGCGAGUCCAGCGAUCCUGAAUGGCGCACGCGGAGAAAGGAACCGCGAUGGACGAGAAACACCGCGACGCAACUUCUUACGCGGUUUCGGCUACUUAUUGCCGAGGCCGUUCCACGAGCGAGAUAUGCGGAGAUAUGCGGACGAAGAAACGUCGAUCGGCGAGAACCUUCGCGGAAUUAUAUCCGCCGCAGGAUACCCGUUCAAGCGUAUCCUCUUCUCCUCGCGGUGGUGUAGUCGAAGCGGCGUCGACUCGAUUCCGUUCGUACUUUUCUUUAACCCGCUGUUAGUCGGUCGUUAUUAUUAUACAUAUUCCCGCAUAGUCGUUAAAUAAUUUUCUUCAAGAGAUGCAACAUGAUAAUAUGAAAAUUGAAAUUUAUAUUAAAAAAAUAUUUUAAAUUAUUUUAUAUUG